AAUCUUUUGUCCCCGGCGGCGCUGAGCCAGCAGGGCGCCGCGGGGUAUAUACUGGGUCCGGUGGAGGACAGCGGCGCACCAUGGCGCAGCGCUCCGGGAAGAUCACUCUCUAUGAGGGCAAGCACUUCACCGGGCGGAAGCUGGAGGUCUUGGGGGACUGUGACAACUUCCAGGACCGCGGCUUUAUGAACCGAGUGAACUCUAUCCGUGUAGAGAGUGGAGCCUGGGUCUGCUUUGAUCACCCCGACUUCCGGGGCCAGCAGUUCAUCCUGGAGCACGGCGACUACCCUGACUUCUUCCGCUGGAAUGGCCACAACGACCACAUGGGCUCCUGCCGGCCUGUAGGAAUGCACGGGGAGCAUUUCCGCCUGGAGAUCUUCGAGGGCUGCAACUUCACGGGCCAGUGCCUGGAGUUCCUGGAGGACUGUCCCCUCCUGCAGAGCCGGGGCUGGACCAAGAGCUGCGUCAACGCCGCCAAGGUCUACGGGGAUGGCGCGUGGGUCCUGUACGAGGAGCCCAACUACCGUGGCCGCAUGUACGUGGUGGAGAGGGGCGACUUCCGCAGCUUCUCCGACUGGGAGGCCCAUAGUGCCCGCGUCCAGUCCCUCCGCAGGGUGGUCAACUUCUUCUAG